AUGCCGGGCUUCGACUUCUCAAACUACAACCGCAAUGCGGCCCUGCACUCCCGCGGCGUGCCGCUGCCCAAGGCGACGAGCACAGGUACCACCAUCGUAGGAUGCAUAUAUGACGGCGGUGUCGUGAUCGCCGCCGACACCCGCGCGACGUCGGGCCCCAUCGUCGCCGACAAGAACUGCGAGAAGCUGCACUACAUCGCCCCGCAGAUCUGGUGCGCGGGCGCGGGCACCGCCGCCGACACCGAGUUCACGACGGCCCUCAUCUCGUCGCAGCUCGAGCUGCACUCGCUGUCGACGGGCCGCAAGCCCCGCGUCGUGACCUGCAUGACGCUGCUCAAGCAGCACCUCUUCCGCUACCAGGGCUACAUCGGCGCCUACCUCGUCGUCGCGGGCGUCGACCCCACCGGCACGCACCUCUUCACCGUCCACGCCCACGGCAGCACCGACAAGCUGCCCUACGUGACCAUGGGCUCCGGCUCGCUGGCCGCCAUGUCCGUCUUCGAGACGCGGUGGAAGGCCUCGCUGACGCAGGACGAGGCCGUCGCCCUGUGCGCCGAGGCCAUCGAGGCCGGCAUCUUCAACGACCUCGGCUCCGGCUCCAACGUCGACGUCGCCAUCAUCACCAAGGACAAGACCACCCUCAAGCGCAACUACAUCAAGCCCAACGAGCGCAGCCAGAAGCUCAAGAGCUACGCCUUCAAGAAGGGCACCACCGCCGUGCUCAACGAGAAGAUCAUCCGCAAGGAGGAGAUUGGCAACUUUCUGAGCAUCCACGAGAUCCCCGUCGGCCAGGACACGGAGAAGAUGGAUGUCGACUCAUGA